AGUGAGAAAUGUCUCAGGCAUUGUUUAAUUUCAGUUAUAAAAUACCUCACAGAAAAACUUAACAUGAACCCAGCCAUAUACAUGACUAACCCAAGCAGCUCAUUCCAGGCUCAUGGCUGAGAUCAGUUUGAAAUGGUCUGAUCAACUACUUCAGUGGAGUAGUGGAUUCAGGCUACUCUUUGGGACUACUGUCACACUUUGCUUGAAGAUAAAAACCAAUUUGAGAAGAAGUGAAAGGUUAUUCACCUAUAACAACAGAUUAACAAUGGAACAACAAAAAAAAUACCUAUUUGAAUACAAAGGCUUUUAUUUUAGUGUUGAAACUUCACCUGAGUACGUAGCUUCCCUGGAGGAUUUUGAAAUCAAUGAUAGUGACAUAUUUAUAGCUACUUACCCCAAAUCAGGAACUGUUUGGACUCAGAACAUUUUGAGCUUAAUAAUUCAUGAAGGCCACCGUAACGGAACGGAAAAUAUGGAGACCAUGGAAAGAAUCCCAUGGCUGGAAUACAACACAAAAGAUAGGGAUUAUGCAGAUCUUCCUUUGCCUCGUGUUUUUGCCACCCACCUGCCUUACUACUUACUUCCAAGAGACCUGAGAAGAAAAAGAGGACGUGUUAUUUAUGUUACCAGGAACCCUAAGGAUGUUAUGGUCUCUUUCUACCACUUCUCCAAAUACAUCUGCUCAUUAGAGGAAAUACCAGAUUUUAACCUUUUUAUGGAGAGAUUUUUAGCUGGUAAAGUACUUGCCAGUUCGUGGCUAGAUCAUGUUGAAGGCUGGUGCAGUCAUGCAGAGGAUUUCAAUAUACUCUUUGUUACCUAUGAAGAAAUGAAAAAGGAUCUCAGAAGUGCUGUGCUGAAGAUCUGCAACUUCCUAGGCAGAAAGCUGAGUGAAGAGGAAGUGGACAGUGUUGUGAAACAAGCUACAUUUGAGAACAUGCGAAAAGAUCCCAGGGCAAACUAUGAGAACCUGCCAGAUGAUAUCGUAGAAAAAAACAAGGGCAGUUUUCUACGGAAAGGCACUGUUGGAGACUGGAAAAACAUCAUGACAGUGGCACAGAAUGAAAGGUUUGACAAAGUUCUUAAUGAGAAAAUUAAGACCCUGCCCAUCAAAUUUAUCUGGGAUAUUAAUGAUGAAAUAUAGCAUGGUUUUGAGUUUCAUCAUCCUUUGGUGUUUAUACUGAAUGGACAUAUCUGAAGUUCUGGCAUAAGAAAAUACAUCCAUUUUCAGCUCUGUUAUAGAAAUAAUAAUGAUGACAACUCAAUCACAAAAUGUGAGUUAUCUGAGGAAGCUAUGCAGUUCCAACAGUUUGCUGUUUGUAAAUUUACAAGGUAUUUUAAUUGACUUUGUUAAUAAACUUAUUCCCUUCCUUCA